CAGAAGAUGAAGCAAUAAUUGACUAUUCAAAUAUAAAUAAAUUCAUAUACAAAUCUUUGACUUCUCUUGAAAAUAUUAACAAAUUCUAUGAAAAUGAUGAUGUGGAGUUAGCUAUCGAUUUUGAUAUAGAGUUGUCUUCCAUAAUUAACAAUAUAUUAAAUGAGGAUAAUGAAAAUUUUAUUGAAGAUGAAAAACUUUAUCUGGAAGUUGUCCAACAUAUAAUAAAAUUUAUCGAGGAAGGAGAUGGAUACAGGUAG